GCUCCCGGAAUGCCAGAAAGACGACCAUUUAGGAAUUCGGCCAUCGGUUAAGUCAAACUACGCAGUUUCGAUCUUUUCGCGCCACUGUGUUACGACUAGCAUUAGCCUAGGCGCUAACUCGAGAGGAAGGUAACUUAGUUUGAAGUUUGAAAUAAACAUUUUUUUAAGGGUCUGUUUGGAUUGAUAGACAUGAAAGAAAUCACUGAAGCUUUUGGAUCAGAAGCAGAGAGGAAACUUUCUUCACCAUCUUCUGCUAAAUGGCCAAGGAUUGAUUCAGGAGACCUCAGUGUGAACAGCAGGCCUAAUUCACCUUUGACACCAGUUGAUCUGCAGAAGUCUGGUGGCCAUACCUGGGCAUCAGAGUUUGAGGAUUUUCACACCAAACCCUGUGAUGAAACAUUAACUGUUGCCUAUGCUCUGCACACGUCUGCCGCCCACAGCAUUGGCUCACACCCAGAAUCCUCCCAAGUAAGUUUCAUCAUUUCCGAGGGACACCAAGCUCCUGUGUGGAGAACUGAGCAUCCACUUCUUCCCAACACAGACGAGUUCAAGUUUUCUCCAAGAGAUUAUUCAGGUGUGCCUCCCACUUCAGCCAACACUUACUCAUCCAGCUCUCCUGUCUACAAGCAGCAGAGGAAAUCACUUGAAUCUGGCUCUCCUGGCAGCUGCAGUUUUCUCUCUGGAAGUGAUGAGGAAGGGACACAGGUGCAGACUAGCAUCGGUCAAACGCUAGCAGUAGCUCUUAGUUCAGCCCGGUUUGAUUGCGCCGAUGAUGCAGUAUGUGUCAGAGGUCUCUGUGAAACGAGGAGCCAAUUUGCCGAAGUCGAGGAGGGUAAUCCGGAGUGUGAUUUCAGCAAGAAUAUUCUUUCCCCAGCAGUCGUCUCAAAUCCUGAGGAGGUUGUUUUGGGGAAUCUAAAAGAAGGCGAAGGAAAGGACAAGAAAUGGGAAAUAUGGAUUGGUAAAAGUGCAGAUGUCUUUAACUGUGGUGCAGACACAAAAGUUCAUGAGAAUGGCAUGAGGGAAACUAUCAUCUGCUCUCCUGCCAAACGUGUCGAGGGAUCAAUUCUACUUGAUGCUAUGGGCGAGAAAACUGUGUAUCCUGAAGUUAAUAACCAUGGUGAAGCUUUUAGCGCAACUAACCCUGCAAUCAGGGUGGAAACUGUCAACAAAUUUGAAUGGAUGCACAGUUACUCAGCCAGCACAGCUGAUCGGCUUUGUUUUCACUCAAAGAACUUACAGAAGGUUCAGGAAUCUCCAGACCAGAGUGAGCAGAACAAUGCCUGGCUCUGCAAGGAAGCAAGUGAGGCCUCCUGUCAGUCGAUCGCACAAACACAAGCUGGUUUUGUUACCAUCUAUAGUUCCCUUUGCAUGAAUGGAAAGGAAGGGAAUUGUCAGCCGCACUCCAGUCCCAGCGUUACCCCUUGUGGAACACAACGUGGGCAUCAACCAGAAGACCUGAGUGAGGCUGAGUACAAAACAGAAGAGAUUUUACAUUACCUGAAAGAUAAAAAAGCAGUUAGUUCAAUGGAAAAGCUCCUGUCACCAGGUCAACAAAAUCAAUGCUUCACAAACCAGAGAGAAACGGUUAAAGGUGAAGGAGAACUUGAAAGAAACGUCAAACUUUUGUGUCCUCAACCAGCUAGUUCUGACGUUUAUGUGAUGGAUAUGAGUAAAGAAAAAGAAGUAGUAAUAGAUGCUACAGAAGAAAUCAAAGCGGUUGGGUGUGAACAUUCAGAAAUGUGGACAAACAACAGUGUGCAUCAGCUAGCUGCCAGCAGAACGAGUGUGUGUGAUGCAAACAAGCAAAAACAAAUGUUACAUUUUUGUUGCGAUCGCCAACACAGAUCGCAAGCAGCCUCCGCUGAAGACGGAGAUCAGAUUUUGGGCCUCACCGUCCCGUCGGCAAGCGAUGCAGUCGUACCGUGUCAAUUGGAUCUAAGCUCGUCGCAAAACAAACACCAAAGCUCCACGGCUCUUCCCCACCAUGACAGAUGUGCCUUGCUCUCCUUGUCUGUCUGCAGCCGUGUGCUGGGGGCAUUUGACACUUUUGAAAGGAUCCAUCUCUCAUCAGAUGACGAUGACACUUGCCUUAGUUGCAUCCCACCACAGCCUCUAAAAGCAACCUCUCCACUUCUCCCUUACAUGCUAGUGGAGGAGAGUGGCUGUCCAGAGGAUUCACCCCUAGAGAACUUCAGCGAAGAGAAGGUGGAAAGAAUCCAGAUUAACCCUGAAAACAGUGUAAAAAGAUCUGACUGCAACAGUUUCAUACAUAAUGAAACCCCACAGAUCAUUUCAGUUCCCAAAAGGCCAAAGCUACAGCCUGAUGGUGGGUCAGUCUGUGAGAGUAGCCAAUCAAAGACGCUUCCCACUGAGAGCGACAGUCCCUCCUGCUGCAACACUAGCUCCUGCACCGAGUUCGACAUGGCAGAGCAAUUCAGCAAGGUCCUGAAGGAGCUGAACUUGUUUUUUGACAUCAGUAGCAAUGAUUUCACACAAUCACCCUCCCCAGACCAUUAUUGUACCGACCCCUUGGAGAGAAGCACGCUAGAACCAACACAGUACCUGAAGAAUCCUGAACCAGACAACUUUAGAGCCACUUCAACAGGUGAAGAAGCCAGCUUUAAAAUGUGCAAACACGACCCCGCCGAGGCUGUCAGCAGUGACACCGAGCAAGAAGUGCCUCUGAACGCACUCCUGUCCCAGGAGGUUUCCACAGCUGCUCCAGAGAAACUCACAGAGCCAGAAGAGACCAAGCAGAAAGCAUGGUCUUCAUCCUUCAUGUAUGUUCCUUUCUCCGAUCAAGCCAAUCACAGAUCUUCAGAGUCGCCCCGGAGGCUGGAGCCGCUGAAGACCUGCACACGUCCAAUCCGGGUCGGACUUUCAAAACGAGCCAAGACCAAACACCUGCACCGCUCGCACCCCUACUAACAAGCACUGGAGGCGUGUGCAUUAGCAUGUGUGCCGCCCCUACUGCUGCUCUUUUGGUAGAACUGCUCGUUAUUUGCUAUGUAUUCACUCGGGCUUUGUGUUUAUCGGCCCUGGUUUCAAGCUUAAAACAGUUCAAGGUUUCUAAAAACUGAAGUCUGUGGAUUUGACAUCCAGCCUUUUGAGAGGGAACCUUUUUCCUCCGUGUUUAUUGUGUUUUAUAAAUGUUUUUACUAUUUAUCUGCACAUGCAAUCAAUUAUUUAUUUGUUGGUUUUCUUAUACAAAUAUUUAAAUUAACUUAUUUCUGUAAAACUGUAUUAUUUCACAAAUAUCUAUGUCUAGUUCAGAGCUCCUUUAAUAAGAGCUUUUCUAGUGUUUGUGUCGGUAUGAAAGGUCUGAAAUUCAGCUGAAAAUGCAUAAACAUUGUUCUAUGACUUCAAAUUUCAUGACUGGUGUUCAUGUUUAGUUAACUGAUUUAAAAAUGUCAUCUAGAGUUCCAAUAAAAAUAUCGACACCUUUCUAA